AUGGGGUACGAGGACCCGAAGUGGAGGGAGUAUAAGCAGUGGUAUGAGCAGGCGAUGAAGGAGAGAGUGGUGAAGGAGUGGGAUGUUAGGGUCGUUCUUGUUGAUGAUGAGAUGGCUGGAGACGAGGGGGAGGGGGUAGAGGAGGAGGAAGAAGAUGAAUAUGGUGAGUUACUCGAAGGGUUUGAUGAUCUCGAGCCGGAAGAGCAGAUCGAAAUUGAGGAGCGGGUCGAGACCUUGAGAAGGAAGAAGAACCAGGCGAAGCACAAUCUCGAAGAAAGACUGCAGGAUCAGAUGUGCAAUCAUUAUACCAUCGGCCUUGGAGCUUGGAAGGUCCCGAAAGGGCAGUAUCGUCAUCUGCAGCAGCGUCACUACAGGAACCACAUGGAUGAGUGGAUCCCAAGAGAGCACUGGGCUAUGACCUCGAAAGGUCCCUUUAGAACUGCAUGA